GUUUACAACUCUCAAACAUCUGGCUUCGCAAAACGCUGCGCUCUUUGAGAAACGGUCCCCUUCCUUGCUUGGCUGCGGGUGUGCGGGUCUCUCGACUUUUAUACUCGUUCCUGCAUCUUAACUGUUUGAUGAAAUUCUUGAAAGAACCAGGGAAGCCAUUCCGAAUUCUCCUCGAUAUAGCUACGUUAUAACCGUUAAUAACUGAACUUGAUCCCUCUGUUUAUAAUCUUAACAUUACACUAUGCAACGCGUACCAUCGAGAUUCUCAAGAACCUUAGCGUUCUCAGUUCUCUCCACCACCGUAAUACAACUGCGAACUUUAACUACCCGCUCAGUGAGCCCAACUCUUCAAACCCUUCAUCAACAAGAACCCACCAUUCCAAGUCAUUUCUUGAAAUGGUGUUCGCUUGGUUUUUUUAGAACCUCAAGAUUUGCCACUGGGUUCACUCCGUUGCAACCAAAGCCGCUUGAUUCGAUCAUGGAUAUUGAACGGGCCAAGGGCAAGUCCCCUGAGGACCUCGCUUCCAUUUGGGCUGAUUGUCACUUGGGAAGAGGUCAUAUUGGUGCGUCUAUGACAGCCAAACUUUAUCAUUUGUUGGUGCAAAGAGCAGCUGAUUGCCGGUAUUUUGUUAUUCCUCUGUGGAGGGGAAGUGGUUAUUCGACAAUGUUUGCUCAAGUACAGAUGCCACACAUGCUUUUCACUGGCCUUGAAGAUUACAAGGCAAGAGGAACUCAGGCAGCACCCUACUUCACUGUCUCUUUUUACACUGAAUUUGCAGAAGCCAAGGACUUGGUCCUUAUCCGGGGAGAUGUUAUUUUUACCAGUAAGCUUAGCGAUGAAGAGGCAACGUGGCUUUUAGAGACUGCUCAAUCUUUUUAUUUGAAUGAUGUGAGGUACAAGCUGGUUGAAAGGUUCAACAAAGAAACACGUGAUUUUGAAUUCAAGGAUGUCUUGCGAGCAUUGGAUAUGCCCAUUCUGUGAUUUUCUAAACUAAUUAAUUUUGGUCAAACAGUAUUAGAAUCUAAAGGAGAAUGAUUUGAUGACUUGGGAAUUGAGAAUGUUGAACUGUUAUCAUGCAGCAAGUUCCACAGCACCAUGGGAAAAGCUGAUGCACCCCCUUUUCUACUGGGAUAGAAUUAGUUACUUUUGCAAACUGUUCUCUGUUUGAAGACAUGAUUCCUGAAUGCAUCUAAUAAUUGCUUAUAUACAAGUGAAAUAAAGACAACAUAAUUACAAUCUCAAAUGAAAGCAUCCAUUGGAGUGCAGUUCAUGAGUUUGUGAAUUCUGUAUUUACAUUGAGAAGUUGUGGUAAUUUCUCAUGUUAAUGCUAGCAGCUAUAUAACAUAGUUUGGAUUUUUAGUGACAGAGAGGGUGUCUGCACCCUGGAAUUAAGAAUUGAAAGCAAAUGCAAUUUCUGACUUUAUAUUGUUCUAA